CAUGUGCAGAUAGGGAUCCGGGCGGCAGCUUCCGAUGGACGUCACAGGAGCAAUGCAGUGUUUUUUGUCAAUUGUAUGAAGCAUUUAGAGAAAUACAGAAGGAGCUGACAGAUCUCUGGAUGAUCUAUUAAGGUUCAGUGGAUUCGCUGUACCUAAAGCCAAACAUGGAUAUUCCCAACCCCCCCGAGGAUCAAGAACUGAGGAAUGUCAUUGACAAGCUGGCCCAGUUUGUCGCUCGGAACGGGCCAGAGUUUGAAAAGAUGACUAUGGAGAAACAGAAAGACAACCCUAAGUUCUCUUUCCUCUUUGGGGGAGAAUACUUCAACUACUACAAGUCCAAGCUUGCUACGGAGCAACAGCAGCAUCCCUCUACCCACGAUGGGGAGGAGUAUAAAUCUGAAGAAAUGUACAACCUGGGCACCAAAGAUGUGGUUGAUAUUCCUCCUCCACCAAUCCCAAUGAUUGCCCCACCUCCGAUUCCUCAGCCUUCUGCGCCCUCUAUUGAUGAGCUCAUCCAACAGAGCCAGUGGAAUCUGCAGCAGCAGGAGCAGCAUCUGCACACACUCAGACAGGAACAAGUGACUGCAGCCAUAGCUCUGGCUAUGGAGCAGCAGACCCAAAAACUGCUCCUGGAAACUCAGUUGGACAUCACAGAGUUUGACAACCUGCUGCAGCCCAUCAUAGACACCUGCACCAAAGAUGCCAUCUCUGCUGGCAAAAACUGGAUGUUUAACAACGCCAAGACUCCACCACACUGUGAAUUGAUGACAUCACACCUUCGCAACCGCAUCACUGCAGAUGGAGCACAUUUUGAGCUUCGCCUGCAUCUCAUCUAUUUAACCAAUGAUGUUCUCCACCACUGCCAGCGGAAGCAGCAGAAGGAUUUGUUGGCAGCUCUGCAAAAAGUUGUGGUUCCCAUCUACUGCACCAGCUUUCUGGCUGUAGAGGAAGAGAAGCAGCAGAAGAUUACCAGGUUGUUGCAGCUUUGGGAGAAGAAUGGAUACUUUGAUGAUGAGACCAUUCAACAGCUCCAGAAUCCAGCAUUGGGCCUUGGCCAGUACCAGGCCUCUCUGAUAACAGAGUAUGCGGCGGUGGUGCAGCCCAUCCAGCUGGCCUUCCAGCAGCAGAUCCAGGCUUUAAAGAUCCAGCACGAAGAGUUUGUUACCAGCGUCAAACAGCAGCAGCCGCAGCAGCCUGCCCCUGUAGCACAGAUAGCUACACCUGCUGAGCCUGAAAAGGCUCCACCUAUGACCACACAAGCUGGGGAUGUUAAGCCUCCCAUGUCGGGUCCUCCUACAGGGGAUUUUGAUGGAGCUACAUCCAGACCACAGGACCCCAGCAACCCCAGUGGACCCUCAGACAUCCCGUCCAACAAGCCUGCAUGGUAUGACCCCCAGCACAUUGGCCCCUGGAAUCCCAACCAGCCG